CGAGGCGCUAUAGAUCAGAGAGGAAGCGCGCUCACAGCAGGCUUCGGAGAGACACGCUUACCUGUGCGCGCGCCAGUUUAUUAUUCCUGACGCUUAUAAGUUUAUAUCGCCAUGGACUGUCGGAAAGAGGGCUGCGGUCAGCCACAAGACGAGGACAUCAUGGAUAUCCCUCUGGAUGACCCUGCUGCUAACAAGGCUGCCACUAAGAUCCAGGCCGGCUUCCGGGGACACAUGACUAGGAAGAAGAUGAAGGAUGACAAACCAAGAGAAGAGAAACAAAGGGAUAAGAAGAAGUAGCGUGAGAGGACCUCCACUGCCGCCCUGAUGGUUUUCCACACACCACCGCAAUAACCAGAGGUUGAAGAGAAACUUUUAAUGUAUAAUAUAUAUAAAUACAAAUUGUCAACUUAGAAACUAAGCCUGGAUCAGUGACCUUUCACUCCUCCUCUGCUUCUACUAGAGUUUGGACAGUAGUCUGUCUCACACGAUAGCCCCUCAGCAUGUUUUAUAGCUUCUGUGGAGAGUUAAAAUUUUAUUUUUAGUUUAUAUUGUGUUCCGUGUUUUACAGUUUGAGUUAAAGUACUCUGUCGCUUCUAAUAAGAGAAGCAAAACAAAAAAAAGUGAACUGAUUGUUAUGUUUUUCUUUCGUUUUUGGUGCUCACCCCACCCUCUGCCUGUAUUCUUACAAUGUAGAAGUAUGCAUUUAUUACAUUACCUUUUCUAGUGUGGCUUUGUUUCUGAUUGUUUAAUAAAGCAAAAAAAAAAAGUUAUUAUUCAGA